AUGCGCGCCUCGCCCUUGGGCGCAGCACUGCUCCCCAGACUACCCCUUCAAAACUCCCUCGCCACCCGCCUCUUCACAACAACCGGACCCACGGCCUUCACAUCCUCACUGUUAGCAAGGGAAGCAUCACCCUUCCGCCUCUCCAAAAAGUCCGACUCUCCGCCCUCGUUCGAAGAUGCCUAUUACAGUCCAUACCAGCCAAAGCGCCAAUGGCCCCCCGAUAUGAAGAAACUGUCGCCAAAGCACCAGUUCCGACUUGAGCGCAAGUACCGGCGUCGCGCGGCGCUGAAGUACGCCCGGCCGACGUUUAUGAAGGCUGUUACGAUUGGGCAGUGGGUUGUUAUAGGAUUCGUUAUUAUCUACGCCGUAUUGUUCAUGGAGUGGGAAACUAGUGAUACGCCGUUCCACGGGAUUCGGGAUAGCUUCUUCGCUGGUCUCAAGUCCAUAUUCUCCAGCCCUGCGCCUCCAGGUCCUGUGAGGAGAGACCAAAAGGAUAGCUCUGUGUCUACAGAGGGAUCGCAGUAG